UAUAGAUUUUUUACCAACAACAUGAAAGUGAUAGUGGCAGGAUUUUCCAAAACUGGUACAAAGUCGAUGUGUGAUGCUCUCACAAAAUUGGGAUAUAAUGUUUAUGACGUGAUAGAAAAUAUGUACAUUUUAGAAAAGGAAUGGACAAAGAUAUUGAAUGAAGGAUGGACCACAGAAGAUUUUCGUCGCAUGUACGAGAAUGUUGAUGCUGUGACUGACCUUCCUGCUUGUUAUUUCUGGGAAGAAAUUCACAAAGCUUUUCCAGAUGCUAAAAUAAUUCUGACAAUUCGCGACGACGAAGAUAAAUGGUAUAAAAGUUUUGAGAAUCAGUAUAAAACUUACGACAGUAGCUUUAUUGUACGAUUGAUGGCAAUUUUUUCUCCGACUUUUAGACGAGUAGAUAGAGACAUAACCGUUCCUUUAAGCCGAAUUUCAUGUGGAUUAGAAGAACAAGGCCCUUUUCGUAUUCAAACAAAUUUACACGAACAAAUUUUGAAAAUGAAAUACAGAGCUCAUAACGCAUAUGUGUUGCAGAAUGCACCGCCAGAUAAACUACUGGUCUUUAGGGUAACCGAAGGUUGGGAACCGCUCUGUAAAUUUCUCGGUAUCCCGAUUCCAGAUGAACCUUUUCCUCACAAAAACGUGGGAGGAGAUAUAGUCGACGAAAUGCUGAAAACAAAUCCUACUGUUAAGAGAAUGGAAAAGGAAUUCAUGGCUUCAUUCAUGGCUUUUAUUGCACUAUGUGCCAUAGGUGGUUAUUCUACAUAUAAAUAUGGGUUUUGGGCGACUGCCACAGCUCCUUUCAAGUUUUUAUCGGAUAAGUUUUAUAAUUAACUUUAGUGAAACACUCAAAAAGUAAUCAAAAGAUCAAUACAGUAGAAAUGGACAAUAUCAAUU